UGAUUAAAAUCUCACUUCAAUCCUUCACAAAACUCAAAUUCUGCAUUCACCAAAAUUUGAUUGAUUGAGUUUAGUUGAGUUUCUUGCACAACUCAAUGGACAAAACACUCCAAACCCCUCCCGAGCUCGUCCCGACUACUACCGACGACCAAAACACCCCACCCACUUCCAACCAAGACAACAUUCACAAACCUCAAACUCCUCCCAUCUGCAAUUCUGGCAAGAACGGCACGCCCGACCGCCUCAAGGUCCCCAAGGCAUUCAAAUACCGCGAAAGGUACACUAGCCCAACUGAUCAAAUGAUGUCACCUGCAACCAGGGGAAUCCUUGCCAGAAGUAGAAAGGGCAGCAAGCUCUUCCCACCCUCUGCCAAUCACCCUCCCAAGAUUCAAGCUCUUCAGCUUCAGGAACUGAGUUCUCUCCAGAUGGACAAGUGUCCGAACUAAUGGCCUAUCUAUGUCAUAAUCUUUACAUAUAUGUUGUUUUAUGGGAGGUCUUACAUGUGUUGGUUUAUGUAAUUAAUCUUCCCAUUUCUGUAUAACAAACUGGAACUUCUCACAA